UGAGAGAAGAUAGCGGCUCUCACCCUAAUUCGAGCUUGGCAGUGCGAAGCUGCUUUCGGCCAUUCGAGGAAGAUACUCUGAAGGAGACACGUACCAAAAGUGUAUCAGAAGCAGCAUGCGACAGUACUGCGUAUUCGUUCUCGCUGUACUUGCCAGUGCUUCAGCGAGCACUGUGCAAGAUUCCAACAACUACAUGGACUUAGUCCUUGAACAACAUAUGCCACACCUUGUAAUGGGAAACCAUGACCUCUAUCCCGGGGCUCGAAUUCCAGACUUCAGCUUCAAGAUUCUCAAGACAAGGAUCACUAACCGAGACUUGAAGGCUAACAUAACCGACGGCUUCAUCCACGGGUUCGACAAUGGCGUCCACCGUUUGGGCAACUGCGAACAGCCUAUUCUGCUCAACGGAAACACCACCGUCAACUGCGUGCUCAAUAUGACUGGAAUUGGGGCAACACUCACUGCGACGACCAAGGGAGACAGUUUGGUGGGCACGAUCAAGACCAUUUGGGUCAACGUUACGCUGAAGAAGGAGACCGUGCUUAGGGUAGCUGUUACCGCACAGCACCCGAAGCCAGCAUCACUGAUGACUUUCUUCAUGGAACGGCUCAAACUGAAGACCAAGUACGACGAGUACCUGAGUCUGAAUGACGAUCGCGAAGAUCAGUUCGAAGAGCUCAUCGAGGAGAAGGUCAGAGACGUGCUCAUUUCUGCAAUCUACAACCAGUACAAGGCUGUGUUCGAGGUAGCUGUCCACAUGGCAACGCCAGCAUUCCCACGCGCCUGAAUCAGAGGAGUCGUAUGUUUUCAUUCUGUUCCACACACUAUAUGCCGCAGCCAUUACGGAUUUUCUUGAUCAAAGGUCCAAACUUAUGAAUACUACGGAGAAAUAAAUGUUGCACUAUUGUUGCCACCACCAAUGCUUCUUACAAAUUAAAGCGUCGAUGUUAAAAUCUGGAUAGGUUUCCGAAUAGCCUCAAUAAUACUCAUGUGCUGCUUAUAUUCUGGCUAUAAUUUCACUGUCGAAUGCCCGCGUAUUGCCUUCGCAAGGCCAAUAAGGGAGGAAUAUUCGUCAGCGGUUAUUUCGACACAUGCGCGGUGCGUCAGCCUGCUUUGUUUGAUACGAUGAAGCUCAUUUGUGGGUCUUCAAACGCUAAGUAAUGUCAGCGGAAACUUUUCUUUAUCGAAGUGCCGCUUGUUGUUCAAUCAAAUGAUAUACUACCUUUCAGUAUUAUGUCUUUUAAGGUCAAUAUUGGGCACGUCUGUUUAAGCAUUGUUUCUUGUUAGAGAACUGAAAUGGAAAUAAAAAUGUGAUCAAAAAGCAGGUUUUCGAUGGGUUCUACCACUGGUUCAGCAUUGUCUCAAUGUACCAAUACUACAUCUCUUGUAGCACGACAAUAAAAUUGUGUACACGUUA